AUGGCUAACAUUAGAAGCGAGAAGAGGACUAAAGCCGUUAUAUAUUCUCAACUCCAACCAUGGACCAUAGACGUUCCAUCAUGUAUGGAACAAGCAGCUGAUCCUUCAGUUUCGGUCAAAGUUAAAGAAUUUCACAAAACCCUAAGAUCUCAUCCUUGGCGCCCUACGUUGGGAUACAAAAUCCUGGAGGCAGUUCCUUCAUCCGUACAACCUGUAACAAAUUUAAUGAUGGACGCUUAUCGCAUACCAUAUGGAAUGAUAACAAAGCCUUUAAAAUUUCCAAAUUUAGUGACUGGUUUCGAUCGUAAUCCUUUGCAUGCGGCACGUGCCGCACUUUAUAUACGAUACACUCCGUAUGAUUGGAUGCAGAAUCAAAUCAGACUUUAUAAUGAAGUGGAUUCGAAUAGAUAUUAUGCCGAAAAAUUAUGCAAGGACAGUAUAUACUUAAUAAAACAAGCUGACGAAAAGAUACAAAAGAAACGAAUGGAGAACGGCCAAAAAAUUGAAGAAAGUUUUACUUCCUUUCCACGGAACAAAAUAGCAUCGGAGUUGGAGAGAUUAAUUACAGAAGACGAUAAAAUGCAGGAGUGUUAUCGUGAUCUGCAAAUUGUGAUUCAGAAUCUCGAGGGACAAUUACAUAUCACGCAAGAAUGUCUUUAUCAUCGAGAGUUCAGAGAAGAUGCCGAUUUAGUUCGCGAUGAAGUCGAAAGUGCAUUGUUGAAAGAGAUAGAAACAGUAAGAAAUUGUGAAAAGAAAUUAGAACCGUUCACAAAUCGAUGCAUCGAUCAGUUAGCAAAUAAUCGAGCAGUGCAACAUCAGCUGCAAAUAAAUAUACGGAAUGAAGGAGCAGUAUCAGGAAGCGAUUUAUGUCAUCAGACAAAUAAUUUUAGCCGAAACUUGCAGUAUUAUGAUAAAAUAGAAAAAUACGAUCCUAACAAUACUAUCACCGAGACCGAAUCUUGGAUAAAAACGGCAAAUAAUGUAAUAAAGCAAUCAGAGACAGAAUGUGUGAAAUCGUGUCAAUUACGAAGCGACAUCAAUAAUGCUGUGAAUGCUGUAAGCUGCGAGACAUAUGAAACUUGGGAAAACACUAAUAAGGCGCUGGCUAGAAGAAUCAAUGAAAUAUUGAAAGCGAAAGAAAAAUUAGAAACACAUUUGCAUAAGAUUCAAGAAGAAAUCUUAAAUAUCGAAAAAAGCAUGAAACUAAUGCAAAAGACUAUCGUCGAUAAAGAUUCAGAACUGAAAGUUGCAAACACGCUGAAGACGAAAAUUUAUCAGAGUCCGCAAGCUAAACUGUGCAAAGAUCAAUUCAGGAUAAUAAAAGAAGCGAAGGAUAUUGAUAAAAUGAUAAAUGAUAUGAAUUUGAAAUUGCAACAGUGUGAGACGCAACAUCAACAACUCUUAUGCAUGAAAUCUAAUCUGAAAAGAGACUUGAAGUUCAAAACAAACGCACUCUUCAUUGACAGAGAAAAGUGUAUGGGAAUCAGGAGAAGUUAUUCGAUUUCGUCAACUGUAAAAUUUUAAGGUGCUACAUACAUUACAGGAAGAUGUAUAAAAUUAUUGUAAAUUUUAAAGAAACUGAUUAAAGAGAUAUUUAGUA